CGCAGAAUCUUUGCGAUCGUAAAGGACAAGGCCUGACCUGGUCACAACUACCUUACAUAGAAUCUGAAAUGAUAUUAAGAAAUGUUAACAAGAGAUUGGUGGAAGAAGGAAUUCCUGAAGUCACAGAGGAUAUCCUUCGAUGGCGCAUGUCCAACGCAUUCAAGAAGAUAAGUAGGUAUGUACAUCUAUCCUGCAAGCCUCCUCUGAUGAAUGUAGAUCCUAGACCACCAAAUCUACCAACCCUGCCCUACGAUCCAACUAGAUCUAACUAGCAAGCCAUGCCGAUUUCGUCUUUGUGACGCCCGGAGGAGAACAGAUGGUAGCUAGAGAUGGUAGCUAGAGAUGGUAGCUAGAUACAUUGCUUUUUAAGUCACC